UCGAUAUCAGUUUGGAGUGUUCGCGGAUUGUGGUGCAGCUGGUGGACAGUUCCUGUCUACCGAUCAUCUGUCUGCACAACUCACCGGCCAGUUACAUCAAGUUGCCGACCUACUCGGCACCGGCACGUGACGUUGAGGAUUUGCGACCGGCUGGUCCGAAGCGUCCGGCACGUCGUCUGCUAAAGAAGGAGGUCUCGCUGGAUACGUACACGUGGCAGAAGAAGUAUGCGCAUCUGACCUCCUCGGUCAUGAUGGCACAGGUAGAUGAACGGUUGAAGCGCCGUUUCUCGGUGUCCGCUAGUAUGGAGGAGAUUUCGAAGUUGGCCGAAGCGAAGAAUGUGGAAUCGCAGGCGAACCUCGGUCCGGAACAGGCCGCUCUCGCUCAAUCGCAGCACUUUGAUCAGCUGGAGGCGCUGUGGAACAAGCGAUCACCACCGAGGCGCCGAUUGAAUGCGUCACUGUCACGCCAAUCGUCGCUGGUCGAGGACCGGAUCGACUCGUCGGAUGAGGACGAGUUCCAGGAGGAACGCUCAGAUGUGCUGGCCGACUAGUUUUCGCCACCGGAUAGAGCGAGACGGUAUCACCGGAAUGGUGCAAGUUAAGUAGCGGCGUAGUAACGAAAGCUCGCAGGACUCGCGCGCUUUUGGGCUGCGUACUUUCGUGUGCACGAAGUGGAGCAACGGCUCCAUCCUGAAAGCUCCAUCGUUUCCGGUAUCUCGUCUGUCGCGGUGGCAGUUACGAUGCGAAAAGCAACAUAUUUUAAAUAACGAUGAUCCCGUGAAAUUCCGAAUGAUAAAAGAUAGUCCGUUAAUUCACUACAGCCAAUUGUGUGAUGCCGUUUAGCUGGUUUAUCUUAUUGUAACAAUUUAAGUGCACCAAUCCAAAGUAGUGCAGUGGAUAUUAUGUCCUUCAGCGUUUGAAAUGGCUCUAGGAGGAAGGUUCGACGAAAAUUUCCCAAGUUCAGCAGUUGCAGUGCUAGGAGCAUGAACACUGAGCAGACUACUUUGUUCUUUCCACCGUUUACAACCAGCGUAAGGGCAUUUUUAUAGUGUGCUCGGCCAAUAAAGCAGUCAUUGCAAUCAUUCUAGAUGCGUUUUCCGGCCACAGGAUACUAUCUAGCGCCUCGCGGGUGUCUACCGAUUUUAUCUACAUCAUUCAAGCCAAACGAAACGGGAUAAACAAGGAGGUCAGGUUUGAGUAAGAUGUCGUAGGUCGUAGCUAAGUUUAAAUCAGCUGUGGUGUCUAACAAGCAAAACAAUAUGCAUUAAAACCAUGCGUGUCACUGGUGGCCAUCCCGUUUUUCCGCAACAUGAGCAAACAGUCACACGUGGGUAUUACUGUUACGGGCAUCUAUAAAUGAUGGAAAGCACAUAUAUACAUAUACGAUAGAUAUACACAAAAAACAGAUACAUAAACGCAUAUAUUUUGUGUCACUUUCGCACUGAUCUGACUUUACCUUUUAAGAGAGAGGACACUUGUGCGUGUGCGUGUCUCGUAGUGAACUGAAAAACCUUUUUCUAGCACCGACAAUCAAGAUUGUUUGUUAACCGAUUUCUACAAUCAAUUGCAUCUUUCUGCGGUAGAGGAAUAAAAAAAAAACAUAAACAGGAAAUGAAAAAAAAGUAAAAUAAAAUAAAUUGCAACAAACCCAACGUUUCCACACUGCAAAACCGUACGUCGUAUUGCAGGCGCCAUUGUUUUAAUCCUCCCCUCCAAAAUGUUAUACCUAUACUGAUAAGCGUAUAUUUACUGCUAGUUAAAGGAAGUGUUUUAGAAACUGUUAAGCAUACAAGCAAGCAAGCAUGGCAAUCGAAAGGAUCGGCUAGUCGGUCCCCCGAUACCGUGAUUUACACGACUCAACUUAAUGCUAGCAAGUAGGACACUGUAGGAGGCAACUCACUCUGUUAGUUUGACCGUUUGACUACCCUAGCAAACUAGUGACAAGCAACUCUAAAGGCAACAGCUCCUCGGUAGCAACUCAUGGAAUUGUUCGUUAGCAUAAUUAGUGUGUGAUAGCAGCAGCAGCAGCAGCAGCAAUGUAUGUUUGUGUAUGUUUGUCCGAUGGAGGUUCGAUUCGGUUCGAAAGUUUACUCAAAUGACGAUCGCACGCAGCAGGAGAGGGACGACUAACAAGCACCGAUUUGUACGAGGGCGUGAUAUCUGUUGAUUUUGCAACAAAGAAUUCGACGGCAUAAUAGCAUUUUCCGUUUGUAUUUGCUUUUAAUCAAGAAAGUGAAAAGGCGAAUAUUCCGUAGUGGCAAUAAUGAAGUGCAUAGCAGCAUCAGCAGCACCUAUCAUUUAGGGCCAGGUGGUGGUGUGCAAUGAAUCGUGUUUUUAAAUUGGAUUGUGUAGUAGAACAGACAGCUAAGCUAACGUAAAUUAAACAAAAUAAAAUCGGCAGCAAAACAUAAACUUUACUAAAGUGUAACCCGUAGUGAUGGUUGUCAAUCAUAAACCAGCGAGCUACCACAGAAUAAACUAACCGGAAAUGGUAAUCAG